AGAUGUUGAAGAAAGAAAAAAAAGAAAAGGAGCACAAAAAGAAACAGUCGACUCAUCUUUACACUAUUAUAAAGGUGGCACGAGAUGAAGACCUUUUCAAGCAGGUCGGGUUUAAUAUAGUUUUUGAUCUUGUAGACCAUGACAAAGUGAGAAGUUUCCGAGUAUCACAGGAUACGCCUUUUUACCUUUUUGAGGUAGAGAUUGCGAAAGUGUUUGGUGUACCAGUUCCUUUCCAGCGCUACUGGCUAUGGACAAGGCGGGAAAACCAUACGUAUCGUCUAGAUCAACCAUUGACACACUUGGAGAGAGCACAACCUGUUGGACAAUUUAGAGGUGUAUCAAACAAGGCUCACAAUGCUGCAGAAUUAAAUUUGUUUUUGGAAGUGGAGCUUGGGCUGGAUUUAAGACCUAUUGCACCACCGGAAAAGACAAAGGAUGAUAUAUUACUUUUCUUCAAGUUAUAUGAUCCUGACUGGGAGGAGCUACGUUAUGUUGGAAGACUCUUUGUCAAGAGUAGUGGUAAGCCAUCAGAAAUUUUAACGAAGUUAAACGAAAUGGCUGGUUAUGAUCCUGAUGAAAAGAUUCUGCUAUCUGAGGAAAUUAGGUUUGAACCAAAUCUUAUGUGUCUUCCUAUCGAUAAGAAUGCAACAUUUAGUCAAAGCCAGUUAGGGGAUGGAGAUAUUGUAUGCUUUCAGAAAGAGUCUGUCGAAGAUAUCGACUAUCCCUAUGUGCCUAUAGUCCUAGAACUAUAAUAUUUGCAUCUCAAUGGGUUGUGACAAUGCAAAAGUGAAAACUUUUCUUAUUCUCUUCCAUCUUUACUUGUCUAAGUUGCUGUCAUUUUGGUUCACUUUUCUGUUUCUUCCUUCCAAUGAAUAGCUUAGACCAGCUGAUGAAGCCUCAGAAAUUGCUUUUCUACAUAUCUGAAAGAAUUCCUACAAGGUAUCAAGACUUUGUCUCAUUAUUGAGAUACUCGCUGACUUAAAAGACUUUCAGUGAACAAAACUUUGACUAAAAAAUUGGCUUAAAUUUGUCGAAUUAGGGAUUCAGCUUCUGCUCUUCCUUUUUGAAGUUUGUACUUUUCCUAGAAACUUCAAUGCGGUUUGAUAAUAUAGAAAAACUGGAAUCAA